AAGUGGGCGUAGCUAGCUAGCGCUAUAGCAUGCAUGCAAUAGCUGCCAGUGACUUGACAUGUAUGCUAUAGUAGUGGAUGGAUGGAUGGUGAUGGCGUGCUCUUGAUAUGUGUGGCUGGUCUGGUUGGACUAGUGAGCCUCCUCACAGCUCUCUUUCUAUCACCAAUAUUAACACAGAGGAGCUACAAACAACUCAACACUAGGUCUAGGAGGAAACAAAAACUGAAAAGCAGAAAUGCUAGUGGGGUUGUGUGCACACCACGACCUCAGCCUCAGGAGACAGUGAGACAUGUCGUAUCCACUGGACUACACACUCCGUGCAAGCGAUGUAGAGAGGUGAAUGCCAAGAAGAAUUGCAGAUACAACUGCUGUGCCACUUGCUGUAGAGCUGAGGAUAAUAGCAUCUGCAGGGUUCACUGCACUGGCUACAACACUUGUUCUCAGGCUGCCACUACUGCCUACUCCCUCACCUACUCCCACUUUGAUAUCAGCUAUGCUCACCUUAAGCUCUGUCCACCUCAAGUCCCCUCCAUUGGUCCUCAACUGAUCUCUCUCAAUCUGUCCAACAAUCGCCUGGAGCACUUGCCACAUGACCUGGGCCGCCUCUCUGGUCUAGAAGAGCUGUUCCUACAGUAUAACCGUCUCUCCCUCCUCCCAGAGAGUUUGUGUCUCUGCACGCGUUUGGUGGAGCUGGAUGUUAAGAAUAAUCUACUCACCCGCUUACCAGAUGGUGUGGGAGGAUUGCGUGCAUUGCUCACUCUGAACUUAACCAACAAUUGUCUGAAAGCCUUACCUCGUGAGAUAGGGAGCCUCAUAUCACUAGAGGAGCUCUGUGUGCAUGGCAACCAACUAUCACACCUCCCACACUCACUGCCCCACCUCUCAAGCCUCAAGAUGCUGUAUGCUGGAGAGAACCUAUUGACCUCACUACCGACCCAGUUUGGACGUCUGUGUCGUUUGGAGGAGUUAGAUUUGUCUGAUUGUUGUCUGGUUAGUAUUCCUGAGUCACUGACUAACUGCAAGCGUUUGGUUCGAUUGUGGCUCUCAGGAAACAAACUGACUUCCCUACCACACAAUCUGGGACACUUGCAAGCACUCAAAGAACUGCAUCUCAGAAACAACUCUAUCAAAUAUUUUCCUUCUUCUGUGGAAAGACUGAACCUCUACACGUUUACAGCUCAGAACAACAGUCUAUACUCUGAAUCUGAGGCAACCACUUUCUCCAAGAAGAUAGUUUGCUGUGUUCCUCCAUUGUUGGAGUUGUGUCUGAGAGCUGCUGUACAGUGGGGGCCAUUCCUAGAGCAAGGGACACUACCUCAGCAUCUGUACAAUACACUGUGUGCACCAGUGCCUUGCUCAUCCUGUGAGCUCCCAACAUUUGACCAUCACAAUACACUAAUACUGUAUAAAACAGUCGGAGUGUUCUAUAGACUGCCUCUCAUGUAUACCUACUGUUGUGUGUGCAGCUCCCACUAGCCACUCAGCAGCUAGCAGUGGUAAGUGGUUUAAACAGGCAAUAAUAAUUAUUUUAACCUCUGCAGAUAUGACCUCCCAUGCAACUCUCAAUCCAUGAAACAAUCACAUUCAAUUUUUGUACACAAAAUUAUUAUUAUUACUAUUUCUGAGAAAAUGACUCGUAAAUGUUUUGUGAAAAUGUCAACAAUUUC